CCAGUUCACAUGAGAAUCUUAUCAUAUACACCCCGGACUGGCCAUUUCCCUCGGGAAGUGAAGAACAAGUGGGAGACGGGCCCACUCUCUAGGAGAGGCCUCCUAAAUUCAGGACUCUUCAAGACACACUGGGUUUCUCUGUAACACGCCCAGAGGGAACGUUCCAACACAGACCAUUAAUACAUACCACAGAGACAUUUUCCAGAGGUAAUCCGAGCCGGAAUAAUUGGAUAAUUAAGAACUGACAAGGACAACAGUGGUGACCUUGGAGCUGGCUGCCCUUGAGAUGUGAAGAUGGAUCAGCCAGCUGAGGGAGCUAAGGUGUUACGUGGCCAGGUGGUUUCAUUCCUGUAAUAUGCUAUCAUAUCGCUGUGUAAUGUGCAGGUUUUAUAUUUUACUGCAUUAACGUUACAUUUUGUGUUAGGAUCCAUGGACAUAUCCCUCGACCCAUGGACACUUUAUCUUCUGACAGUCGUGAGUUGCCAGGUCCAGAGAAGACAUAGUCUGUCGUGAUACGGCCGAGCUGUUCCAAGCAUUAGCAAUCUUGUCCUGGGAGAAACUGCAGAGAGAAUCCCCAACAAGAACGCUGUAGCAACAUUUGUACGAAUCAGCUGAUAAACAGAGGCAGGAAGCUAGUGAGAGCAGAAAAUGUCAUCAACAAACUGGCACACUCCGUAGUGGACUAACUGGACGCAAGCUCAAGGCACAAAAACAGAAUUAUUCAUGAUUAUAAUGAACGUUAAGCAGCUACAUAAUGUAACCGCUGGCAACUACUGCACGCCAGAGCACGACAUAGAUCAAUAUAUAUUUCCUAUGAUUUAUAUAAGUGUAAUAGUGCUGGGAGUCCCAGCCAACCUUAUAUCCCUCUAUGUUUCCUACUUGCAGGUGAUAAAGAGGAAUGAGUUAGGAAUCUACCUCUUUAACUUGUCUUUCUCUGACCUCCUCUAUAUCCUCGUGUUGCCUCUCUGGGUUGAUUUUAGUCUGCAGCACGACAGUUGGAGGUUUCCCAGUUGGCUCUGCUCACUGAGCGUCUUCUGUAUGCACACAAAUUUAUAUAGCAGCGCCGGUUUCUUAACCUGUAUAUCGCUGGACAGGUUCCUGGCUGUGGUGUAUCCGUUAAGAUUCCAACAUCUCAGGACAAGAAAAAUUGCUGUGCUGGUCAGUGUGGCCGUGUGGCUCAUUCAAGGUGCAUCGAACAUCGUAAUCUUGGUAAAAGAGCAAACCUUCAAUGAUUCGAUGGAUUUGUUAUGUUACGACACUUUCCCCAUGGAGCAGUGGAAAUCUACAUUCAGCAUUUUCAAUGUCUGUAUUGGGCAUUUCCUGCCGAUGGCCAUUAUGGUGUAUUGCUACUACAAGAUCUACGUCGCGGUGCAGGGUAACCAGGCCACAGUGGACCGAGACAAGCUCAAGAUCACACACUUACUUCUGACAAUAGUGGUGACUUUCAUACUGAGCUUCACUCCCUACCACAUUGUGCUGUUAAUACGGAGCAUAAGGGAGCCGGAAAACUGCAACUUUGCACGUAAAAUAUUUACCCCAUACAAACUGACCUUGGCUCUGUCAAGUUUUAACUGUCUGGCCGACCCUCUGCUCUACUGCUUCGUGAGCGAGACUGGUAGAGCCGACGCAAAGGCCAUGAUCCACUGCUGCCAGCCUCAAACUGAAUCAUCUGGCACCACCGAACUAGAGAUGCCAGUUAUCGCAGAGCAAUAUAAAAUAAAAGAGUAUAUAUAGUUCCAGAACUUUUGUAAAAAAAAUAAAGCGU